AUGGCGCAGAGGGAGGAGGAGACGGAGCUCAAGGUCCCGGAGAACGUGACGCUCUGCCCCAACAACUGCGGCCGGCCCGGAAAUCCCGCCACCAAGAACAUGUGCCAGAGCUGCUUCCGUGCGGCGCCGCCGUCGCCGCUCCUCAAUUCCCCGUCCUUCUCCGCCCACGACAAGCCCAGAUCCGCCCCCUUCCGCAAGGCGGAGAAGAGGCCCUCGGAGGCCCCCAGCGGCGGCGACGCGGAGGCUACCAGCGGCGGCGCCGCCGUGCCGGCGGGCCCCAGCGGCGCGACCGCCUCGGCAGCGAGGGCGGUGAACAGGUGCUCCGGUUGCCGGCGGAAGGUGGGUUUGACGGGUUUCCGGUGCCGGUGCGGGGAGCUCUUCUGCGCCGAGCACCGGUACUCGGACCGGCAUGAUUGCAGCUUCGACUACAAGGCCGCAGGAAGGGAGGCCAUCGAGAGGGGGAACCCCAUCGUCAAGGCCGCCAAGAUCGUGAGGAUCUGA